GCAAUGAAAGAUGAGGAGUUUGCCCAGGGCUUGGAACAAUUCGCCUAUAGUCUGCUUGACCAACUGUGCAGGGCCAAUCCCGGGCAGAAUAUCAUAUACUCUCCGCUAUCCGUAAGGACUUCUGCAGGCAUGCUGCGGAUGGGAGCGACGGAGGGAUCGGUCACAGCCAAGGAGUUGGACGAAGGACUCCGAUUUGGGGGUCGCCAUGCGCAAGAAAUAGCUGAGAACUUUGAAACCGUGCUCAAGUACUACAAACAGUGUCAGGCCCUUAAUAUGGUCAACGGUCUCUAUGUGAUGAAGGGUCUUGAGCUUGGUGGGCAGUUCGAAAACAUUCUAGAGAGGAAGUUCUACUCCAAGCCAAUGGAGAUUGACUUUGGCAGCGAUCAAGCUGCCAGUAUCAUUAAUCAACGGGUGGAGUCGCAGACCAACAACCUGAUAAAGGACAUUAUCGGCCCUGGAGUUCUAUCUCAGGACACUCGACUGCUGCUUAUAAAUGCUAUUCACUUCAAGGGAAAUUGGUCAAUUAGAUUCAAUGAAAGCGACACUCAAGAGGAAGAAUUUUUCUCGGAGCCUGGAAAACCUGUUAGAGUAAGGAUGAUGCACGUAUCGGAUAGUUUCUCCUUUGCCGCGCUUCCCAAGCUGGAAGCCACUGCCCUGAAAAUGAACUACAGUGCUUGUAAUCUGGCCAUGAUCCUUAUACUGCCGGAUGAGAAAUCGAGUCUCACGAACCUGGAAAACAAACUAACAGGCACUUCUCUACAAGCUUUGUCAUCUUCCAUGACCCUAGAAAAAGUUGAUGUCAAGGUUCCUAGCUUUAGAGUCGAAUUCCAGCAGGAACUAUCAGAGGCGUUUAAGCUGAUGAACAUGAGCCGUAUAUUUAGCGAACAGGCCGAGUUUGGCUCAAUGCUGAAGUCCCAGGCACCUCUAUUUGUCUCCAAGGUGAUACACAAGGCCUUUAUAGAGGUGAACGAAGAGGGUACUGAAGCUGCAGCCGCAACAGCUGUGGUCGUCUCAUUAAGAACCCUGCCUGUACCUCAGCAUCCACCAAAGGUGUUUCAUGCUAAUAGACCCUUCUUCUAUGCGAUCUAUGACGAAUCCCAUGGUGUCCUCUUUGUCGGACACUUCAAUACCACGAAUUUGGAAAAAUCGAAAAAAUGUAAAUCAUGUACUUAUAAAAACGAAUGCAAAUAGUGCGGAAAAUAAUUAAAAACACGCUUCUUAUAAAUUUACGUGUACAAAAGUGUCUUCAUUAUGAAGA